UGGUUAAGCGUUUUGAUUCAUUGCGUGAUUUAUCAAAUCCAGGCUGACUGUUGAACACUUGCUAAUCCAAUAGUCUUAUCUUAUUUAAAUGUUUGGUUCUCAAUCCUAGCAUUCAAAGAAUAUAUGAGUGCUUGGUGUAAAAAGCCGUUUACCCAAUUUGCGUGUGGUGUUGUUUUCGGUGCGGGAGCAGUUGCUCUUUUAUCUUUCAUCAAAAGGGUUUGGAAAUUAAAGCAUUCAAAGUUGCCCGAAGUUGGUAUGCCAUCAUGCAGAGUUUUUAAAGAUAGUUCUACUUUGAUUGUGUCAAACGAGUCGCAGAUGUCUCAUGUUGGCGAAUAUCCCCUCGAUAAGAACGAGAAACUUGUCGACUUUUUUUAUAUAGCAAAGGAUGAAGCACAAAGAAAUGGCUUUGUUCAUCGCGGGAUAACGUGUAACAUGUGUAGUGUUAGCCCAAUUUGCGGUACUCGUUAUAAGUGCGCUAACUGCUUGGAUUAUGACCUGUGCGAAGUUUGUGAACCAAAAGAAUAUCAUGACAGAACUCAUGUUUUUAUAAAAAUUAACUAUCCAGUGCCGCCUUUGGCUAACCCAAAAACGAUAUGCAUCAAGCCUCUUUAUACAGGGAAAAUUGCUAGUCAUUCUGUUUCAUUAUCGUGGAAUGAGGUUACAGCCCUUCGCGACCAAACUCAUUUUGAUGAAACAGAAAUCCAUUAUCUUUUUGAACAAUUCAAAACGCUCGCACCACAUGAGGAUGGCAUCACCCGUGAAGCGUUUGACCGAUGUUUGGGACCACUUGGCAAACAGACGAACUUAGUGAUAGACAGAAUGUUUUCAUUUUAUGAUGCUGAUAAGAAUGGCAUCAUUUCAUUUAAUGAAUUUGUAACUGCACUUUCUGUUUUAACAAGAGGUGGAAAAAACGAGAAAGUACGAUAUGUAUUCGAAGGAUAUGACGUUGAAAAUAAAGGUUAUUUAUUACCGAAAGAUUUUCGUGAUAUAUUCAAGGCGUAUUUCCUCAUCAGCGUUGAAAUGGUUCGUGACUACAUCAAGAUUUGCGAAGAAGAAAUGAAAGCAUCAUUCGACAAAGCUGCUGAUAAAUCAAUUUCUUCAGUUUUUAACGCUCCCAUACCUGAUGACGCUGUGUGCAACGCUGCUGCUAAUGACAUAAAAAGUCGUAAAGCCAUGUGUUCAUACGAGGCCACCAAGGCAAAGCCAAUUAUGGAAACGAUGUCGCAUGAUGCUCUCGACGAGAUGGUUGCGAAUGUAUUCAAGUGCGCUGACUUGAAUAAAGACGGAAAGAUAACUUAUGAUGAGUUCAAAAUUUGGGCUGCAUUGGAUAACACUGUUUUGGCAUGGUUUGACGUAAUCGGAACUGUAUUUUAGUGAUUAGCAAACGGUUGCCUCCUGUUUGUCCUUCUCAAUAAUGAUAAAUCAAAGUUUUAAAACUUUAUGGUUUCUGU